AUGGAGGAUGAGAAAGAGAAAAUGAAAGACUCUGAGGAUGCCUUUAUCCCUGCCCUUCCUGGUAUAGGAAGGGGAUCAAGAGGAUAUAGGAGAAAAACGAUGCCAAGCGCCGUCACGCCGAAAUUGACAUCCUGGAUUGACUACGGGAUGAAGAAGUUGGGCUCAGAAUCCACCUCGUUCUCACAACUGGGCCUGUUCUCAUAA